AUGCUCCACCUCGCGCGCGUGCGGCGUCCAGCCGCCGGCGCCGGCGUCUCGCCCAUCCGCGCGACCCGACCGCCUCCCGCGCCCUUCACAACCACCACCACCUCCACCAGCGAUACCUCUUCGUCCACGGCCGCCGACCCGGACGGCGUGGCCGCGGACGUGGCCACCCUCCUUUCCAGCUGCUCCGGCGACUGGAAGCUCGCCAUCGCCGCCUCAGACCUCCCUUCUCGCCUUUCUCCCGCUGCCUUAUCCUCCCUUCUCCGCCGCCGCAACUCCUCCCCUCGCCUCCACCCCAAGCUCCUGCUGGAUUUCUUCUACUGGUCCCGCACCCGCCUCGCGCCGUCGGCACCGGCCCCCGACGCCUUUGCCCACCUCGCCGUCUCCCUCUGCGCCGCCGGCCUCUACCCUCAGGCCAACGGGCUCCUCGAUCAGAUGAUCCGCGCCUACCCCACCCCUCCCCUCGUCCUCAGCUCCGUCCACCGCGCGCUCUCCGGUUCCGACCAGCAUCGCCGGCCUGUCGUCCUCGACGUGCUCGUCGACACCUACAAGAAGACCGGGAGGGUCCGGGAAAGCGCCGAGGUUGUCCUGCUGAUGAAAGAUCUCGGCUUGGCGCCCAGCCUUCGCUGCUGCAACGGGCUGCUCAAGGACCUGCUGCGCGCUGACGCCCUGGAUCUGCUCUGGAAGGUGCGCGGUUUCAUGGACGACGCCGGGAUUUCGCCCGAUGUCUACACGUACUCGACGCUGAUCGAGGCGUACUGCAAGGUCCGGGACUUGGAGUCUGCCAAGAAGGUGGUUGAGGAAAUGCGUGAGACGGGAUGUAACCUGAAUGUAGUGACCUACAAUACAUUGAUUGGUGGUCUGUGCAGAACUGGAGCCGUUGAAGAGGCGUUUGGAUACAAGAAGGAGAUGGAGGAUUAUGGGCUGGUUCCUGAUGGAUUCACUUAUGGCGCAAUCAUUAACGGUCUGUGCAAGCGUGGCAGGCCGGAUCAGGCAAAGUGCUUGCUGGACGAGAUGUCUUGUGCUGGGUUGAUGCCUAACGUGGUUGUUUAUUCAACUCUGAUUGAUGGGUUCAUGAGGCAGGGCAAUGCAGAUGAAGCUUUUAAGAUAGUCAAGGAGAUGUCUGCUGCUGGGGUGCAGCCGAACAAGAUCACCUAUGACAAUCUCAUCCGGGGUCUCUGUAAACUGGGGCAGAUGGGCAGGGCUUCCAGGAUUCUGAAGCAAAUGGCUAAGAUUGGUUAUAUGGCUGACACUAUGACUUAUAAUCUGAUCAUUGAAGGUCAUCUCCGACAGCAUAACAAAGAAGAAGCUUUUUCGCUGCUUAAUGAAAUGAGGAAGAGUGGUAUUUCACCUAAUGUAUACACUUACAGCAUAAUCAUCAACGGGCUAUGCCAAAUUGGUGAAUCAGAAAGAGCAAGUGGUCUCCUUGAGCAAAUGAUUGCAGAUGGUUUAAAGCCCAAUGCGUUUGUUUAUGCACCUCUUAUCUCAGGCUAUUGCAGGGAAGGUAGUUUCUCAUUGGCUUGUGAAACUCUCAAAAAGAUGACCAGGGCAAACUUAACCCCUGAUUUGUACUGCUACAAUUCUCUUAUAAUUGGACUGUCUAAGGUGGGAAAGAUGGAUGAAGCCAUAGAGUACUACGACCAGAUGCUGGAGAAAGGGUUUCAGCCUAAUGAAUUCACAUAUGAUGGUCUGAUUCAUGGCUAUAGUAUGACUGGGGAUCUAGAAAAGGCUGAACAGUUACUCCAUCAGAUGCGAAACAGUGGACUAAACCCCAAGGAUUUUAUCUAUGCCCACAUCCUAGAAGCUUACUUCAAAUCAGACAAUCUUGAAAAGGUUUCCUCUACUCUUGAAUCCAUGUUAGAAAAGGGGUUAAUGCCAGACAACCGUUUAUAUGGAAUCGUGAUUCACAAUCUGUCCAGCUCUGGACAUAUGCAAGCUGCUGUUAGUGUUCUCUCAGUGAUUGAGAAGAAUGGAUUAGUUCCUGAUUCGCUUAUAUAUGGUUCCUUGAUAUCUGGUUUUUGCAAGGCAGCUGACAUGGAGAAAGCUGUUGGUCUUCUUGAUGAUAUGGCUAAAAAAGGUAUAGAGCCUGGUAUUUCAUGCUAUAAUGCCCUGAUCGAUGGGUUUUGUAAGUCUGAUGAUAUUUCUCAUGCCCAUAAUAUCUUCAAUAGCAUAUCACGUAAGGGAUUACUCCCAAAUUGUGUGACAUAUACAACUUUGAUGGAUGGAUACUGCAGAGCUGGUGAUAUCCGUGAUGCUAUUGAUCUGUAUAAUGAAAUGCUUACAGAUGGGGUAACUCCAGAUGCUUUUGUCUAUAGUGUGCUUGCUGCUGGAUGCUCAAACUCCGGAGACCUUCAACAAGCUCUGUUUAUAACUGAGGAAAUGAUUGUUCGGGGAUAUGCAAGUAUUUCUUCUUUCAACACCUUGGUCCAUGGCUUCUGUAAACGUGGAAAAUUACAGGAAACUGUGAAGUUUCUCCAUGUGAUGAUGGACAAAGACAUAGUACCUAGCCUGCUGACUGUUGAAAAUAUUGUGAGUGGACUCGGUGAGGCUGGGAAACUCAGUGAAGCGCACAUAAUUUUUGUUGAGCUGCAACAGAAGAAUGCUUCACAUCGUGAUACAGAUCAUUUGUCCUCAUUGUUUACAGACAUGAUAAAUCAAGGACUAGUUCCUCGAGAUGUGAUACAUAACAUGAUCCAGGCUCAUUGCAAACAAGGCUAUCUGGAUAAGGCUUUGAUGCUACAUGAUGCUCUUGUUGCAAAAGGUGCUAUUGUGGGCUGCACAUCUUAUCUUGCUUUAUUGGAUGGCCUUUGCAAGAAGAGCAAACUGAUUGAAGCUUUAAAUUUGCUAAAAGAAAUGAAAGAGAUGGGUAUUUGUCCUUCUGAGGAUCAGUGCAUGACACUCUUAAAUAGUCUUCACUCAUCAGGAUUCAUCCAAGAAUACAAUAAAGUGUUUGAUACUAUGCUGUCUUACCAGUGGUUACAAAAGGAAAGCAAAUUCUGUAAUUCGGUUUGUAGUAGUCAGGAAGCUGUGAAUGCAGAAUAA